AUGAAGGGCAAGUUCCUCAAAAAAUGCUCUGGUGGGUGCAGAAAAGCUUGUUCUAGAGUACUGAAGUAUGUGUCUGGGGAUCAUAUUUGCAGUAGGGAUAUUAAGUGGUCCGGUUUGCAGUGCGAAGAGGACAACAAUAAUAUCCCCAAAGAUGUCCCAAAAGGUCACCUAGUGGUCUAUGUUGGUGAAGAGUGCAAGAGAUUUGUGAUUAAGGUAACCUUACUCAACCAUCCUUUGUUCCGGGCAUUGCUUGAUCAGGCUGAGGAAGUGUUUCAGUUCGUCACCAACUCAUCAAAACUCUGCAUUCCUUGCAGCGAGUACACGUUCCUCAAUGUUCUUCAGUGCAUUAGCUCUGAAUUCCGAGAUCGAGGGUAUUUGUUUUCUCUGAGGCGCUUGUUUUUCAGAGGCAACAAAAGAUAUGAGAGAAGAUCUCCAUUUAUAUAA